AUGGGUUGCAAGUCUUUGCUCGUGCCGUCAGCACCAACAGCGAUAAUACCGUCUAAAAUUGCAGCAUCCCUUGCUCCUCCUCCUCGCCCUCAGUCCCUCUGCUUCCCUCGCGCUUUGACUGUCACUGAUUCCGUGGUUUUCAGAGUCAAGUCCAACUCUGCUCGGAUUAAGCUUGCCUCCUCCAUCCGUUGUGCAUUGACUCCUGAGCUAAAGACUACAUUGGAUAAAGUUGUUACAUCACACAAAGUUCUUCUUUUCAUGAAGGGAACCAAGGACUUCCCGCAAUGUGGAUUUUCACAAACUGUGGUGCAGAUAUUGAAGUCAUUAAAUGUACCUUUUGAAACAGUUAAUAUUCUAGAAAAUGAAUUUUUACGUCAAGGAUUGAAGGAAUAUUCUAGCUGGCCUACCUUUCCUCAACUCUACAUAGAUGGAGAAUUCUUUGGUGGCUGUGAUAUCGCUGUUGAGGCAUACAAGAGCGGCGAAUUACAGGAAUUAGUGGAGAAGGCAUUGCUCUUUAAUAGGAUCUUAGGCUUGCCACGUGACUUUGAGUUGGAGCAAUCUCCCCAAGUCAUCGUGGUUGGUCAAGUUCCACUGGGUUAUGAUGUCGUUCUACAGCUAGACCCGUUUCUUAAUGAACUCACAAGCAUGUUCGAGAGCAGCACUGAGAAAGGAUCUAUUUGGGUCACUCUCAAACGAUCAUCAUUGAAAUCAAAGGUGCAGAGGAAUAAAAUGACGACUACUGGUGAACCCAUUGAGUAUCGAUGUCUCAUCCGUGCAACUGACGGCAAAAAGACAAUUUCUACUUCGGUUGGGGCUAAGGAUCACCAGCGCUUUCAAGCUUCGUAUGCAACUAUUCUCAAGGCCCACAUGACAACUCUAAAGAAGAGGGAGAGGAAGGACAAGAAAAAGGCAGCGGAGGGUGAUAAGAAGGAAGAGGGCUUAAAGAAGAACAAGAAAGCUUGA